GCUGGGGUCGCCGGAGGGGGCGGUCACUUCCGGUGUGGAGGGCGGGCGCUUCGGUCCGAGAGUGGGACCGUGGUCUGCGCAGCGCGUCCGAGCAUGGGGGGCCGCGAGCUGGACUAUACCAUCGAGCUGCCGCCGGGGGGCCGGCCGGUGGCAGAAUGGUCUGUGUAUGGAAACAACACGCUGGGCAGGGCCAGACCGUCACCCUGUAAGGUUAUUGCCGUGUCCCAGGUCCUUCUGCUGGUGUCUGUCGCUCUCAUUCCACUGCAUCUGAUAUUAGACACUAGUCCAGAGAUGGGAAACAAAAAUAACUGGCCUGUGGUAAUUCUGCUGGGGUGGGCUGGCUGCCGUGAUAAACACCUGGCAAAAUACAGCACCAUCUACCAUCAGAAGGGGUGCACAGUUAUCCGCUACACAGCUCCAUGGGAGAUGACGUUUUUUGCAGAAUCGUUUGGCAUCAGGUCCCUCCGGACCCCAGCUAGAAAGCUGCUGGAGCUGCUCUUUGACUAUAAAAUUGAAAAGAAACCCCUGCUGUUUCAUGUGUUCAGCAAUGGCGGGGUCAUGCUUUACCGCUACAUCCUAGAGCUCAUCCACACGCACGGGCAAUUCAGCAGCCUCAAGGUGGUGGGCACCAUUUUUGAUAGCGCCCCCGGCAGAAGAAACAUGACGGGGAGUCUGCGUGCCUUGGCAGCUGUCUUGGGAUCAACUAACGUGCUGCUCAAGUAUUGCCUCCUGCUUGUCUUCACCGUCCUGGUGGUGGUGCUGCGGAUCUUGCUGCAUCCAGUGACUCGCUUCUUCCAUGAGACCCAUUAUGAUGCCCUGCUGAAGGGGCCUUCGAGGUGGCCCGAGCUCUACCUCUACUCCAAGGGUGACAGGAUCAUCUUGGCCAGUGACAUAGAGCACAUGAUUGAGGCCCGGAGGCAGCACAAUGUCGCAGUGAGAGCUGUGGACUUCUCAGACUCUGCUCAUGUCAGUCACUUGCCGGCAUAUCCCUCCUAUUACAUGAGCCUCUGCACUUCUUUCAUGUAUGACUGCGUUGGAUGCUCGUAGGUUCCACCCAGGCAGAGGUAGCAAGUGCCUGUGUAAAGACCCCCAGCAGAUGCUCCCUCUUCACUGGGAUCACACCAGAAACAAACUGCGCGCGCGUGCGCUCUCGCUCUCUCUCUCUGCCUCUCUUUCUUCAGCAUCUCUCUGCUUACAAUAAAAUCCUGAUCCCAACAUCCUUCCCCAGAGCGUGGAGGCACAGAAUUGCUGAUUUCUCGGCAUCCGGUGCACAGCUGGGUGUCUGGAGCCUCCAAAUCGGUUGUUGGGCUGGGCAGAGGUGAUGGUGCUAAGUAGAGCCAAGAGAGUCUAAAUGAACAUAACUUACCUGAUGGGGUAAAAUCCUGACCCCACUGAAGUCAGUGGGAGGUUUGCCAGGGCUGGAAUUUCACCAUAGGAGGCCAGAGAAAGGAGUGAAUUACUGUGAGUGGGGGAGCACUGCACCCCACUUUUUAUACCCUCUUCCUCUCUCCCUGCUGCCCUCCACUAUCGUAGUCCCUGGUGUAUAACUUACAUCUCCGUCCACAUCCACUCUCCAGCUUGUUACACUGGAGCAAUUCUGUGACCCGGGGCUCUCCAAUUCGCCUAGGUUUUGGGGUUUAUCUGCUACUUCCCCCGGCCCACUGUUGAGUCAGCUGAAGCUCUGCAGUGUCAGCUCAUUCUCCCACUCCCCACCCCACCCUUGAGCCCUGCGUAUAGUCCCAUUGAGGAGGACAGAAUGAGACUCUUGGCAGAGUCUUUAAUAGGGCAGAUCAAUGCAGGUCCCUCCCUAUCCCUGCCCGCAAGGCACUGCACCUCAGCCCUACUCCUAGCUGGAGAUCAGCUACAGCAAUCAAACGCAGGAUCUCCAAAAGGGCAGUGCAGGUAACUGCGAGCCAAUGUGUCAGCCUGGUUCUGUUUAAUAGGGCUGGGGCAGAAUGGCCAAGGGGCUGCUGCCUUGCUGGAUGACUCAACCCCCCAUAGCUGAGUUAAUUUAAAGCUUUAUCUGUGAAAUAUCUAACAUGUCUCAGGGUCUGGUCUUUGCUCCUCUCCCCUGCUGCUUCCCUCUCAUUGCUGACAUCGUUGGGUGAACAGCUGUGCUUCGCUGGGUAGAUUUACUGGUCUGCUAAGGUGUGUCUAGGAGUGCAGGGAGGUCACUUUGGGUAUCUGUAACCCUGAGUUCUGUCUCCCCUCCUGGGCCCACAUUUCCUGGGUCUUUCAGAAAGUGCUUUCUCUCUGAUCCUCUCUCAUUACCACUAGCAUCAUUUGUCACAUUCCAGAAGACUUGUUGACUAAUCUACAUAUGCAGUCACUCCCUGUACAGACGUGUUUGAUGGGAUGAGCCAAGCUGGCAAACACACUGUUGUUUGGGUUUCCUCUGUGGAGGGGGAGUGAGGGGUUAAAGUAGGGGAAGGACUAUACUACACUCUACCAAGGGUGAAUUGGUUGAAUUCUCACCGAUCUGACUUUCCGUGUGUUCAUGGAUCCUGAUAUUUUGGGAGGGCGGGGAGGUGGGGUAGAUUGAAUGAUAACCCUGGAAAAGCCUGCUGCUUUCCAGCACAGCAUGAUUUAAUCUGGGGCCUCUGAAAUGAUGCUAGUCCCUCAAAGGAUCCAGUGCCUUGUGAACACCUGUACAGCUGGCUGAGGACACAGUUCGUCCCUGUGGUUUCCCUCCUGCAUACAGCCGUCAUGCUGACUAGAGGAUGUUAAUGAGUUGUUCCCCCAGCAAGAGCCACUUCGUAAUGUCAUCACUUUCCUGCUCUGCAACCCCACACAUGUGAAUCAGAGCUGAGUAGUACAGUACCCUGUCACUUCCCUGAGGGGUCCAGUAGCAGGGUUGGGAGGAAAUGCUUAUUCAAAUGCACUUGAAAUGGGGAUUUAGAAAUGUAUUCUUACUGUUUAUAAUCUAUUUUACAAUCUGCCUCAGUUUGCAAGCAGAAACAACAGUGCAACUGCAGCUUUUUUCAGCUUCCCAAACAGCUCAGAGAGGGGCCCUACCGCAGAACUGGGGAGUCCUUCUGCAUCUUCUUUUGACACGUACAUGACUGUCUUUGCUCUUAAUAGAGCACAAUGUUCUGCCUGUGGACGCUGAGGUUUGCACAUCAUGUUUCCUGAAUCUCCUCUGUUAAACUGACCCCAAAAGCCUAACACUGUGCCAAGAAAUUAAAGGUGAGAGGGGAAAAUAAAAUAUUAAACUUACAAUGACUGUAAAAAAAAGUCGCCAUUUCUGCCUGUCACCAUGCUCGAGAGGCUGUCCAGUGUAACACAGACCCUGAAACGCACUCCUUGUGCCCAGUGGAGAAGCAGAUUGUGGCAUCUCCUUUCCAGCUGUUGAGCUUUUGGUGGAGAUAAAAGCAGUGUCAGUACAUUUCCCCCCUCCUCCUCACUUCCCCCCCCCCCCCCCAGCAUUGCAAACAAACUACAGGUACAAUGGGAGGGGAGAAUGCAGGGUCCAGGAGCAAUGGAAAGCUCUAACAUCUCUCUGGAGAGAACAACUUGCACUUUUUAAACAGUGUCAAUAUAUCAUGCGUUGUUACCAAUCCCUCAGAUUGUAGGAGGGACAAUGAGGUUGCUUUUAGGUGAACUAUGAAGGCAAAGAAUAACAAACAAUGUAGCAACACAACCCUGUCUUUACAUGUUGUGUACAAGCGGCGUGUGUGAAUUAACUGGAAAGAUGACACUCAAGUGCUGACUUAAUUGGGUUCAUUUUAAUGAACUUGUUACAAUUUUUUUAAUUGGUAGUUUUCUCCAGCACUGGGGACAUUUUUCUGUGAUUUGCGUUAUCUUCUCCCCCUUCAGAAGUCUCCAAUUCAGAUUUUUCCUCCUAUUCUGCUUGUGAAACGGACAUAACUAAACCGUUCUGCCUGUAUGCCAAACAGUGCCUUCAGAGCAGUGUACAGACAGGAAUGUUGGUUUGUGGUGUAUUUUUAACUUUAGAUGCCAAAAGCAGUCAAGAAGCCAAUCUGGAUACAGUGUUCUUUUGGGAGCAAGCUGCUUUCUCUAGCGUUCUUGUUCACCAGUGGAAUCCACAGAGCCAAGGCUGUAUUUUUGUUUCUGAACAUCAAACCAAAGAGUUGCAGAAAUGUAAAAGCUCCCUCUUAAGGAGCAGAGAUACUAAAGAAAGGUUAUUAAACUAACUAGCACUUGCCUCUGCACUGACUUCUGUAGGUGCAGCUUUUAUAGCCGUGUUUAAGCGCAUUCCACUGAACACACCUCAUGAAUUAAUACAAUCACAGGGAGUCGGAAA